AUGCUGGCCCCUGGCUCUGCCCUGGCUUUGGAUCAGGGCUGGCAAGCAAGAGAGGCCAGAGGAAGCUCCCAGAACCUGAAGAAAUUUAACAACCAGGACUUCACCCAGCUGCGAGCCUUGUGCCUGAGCCAAGGGCUGCUCUUCGAGGACGCCACCUUCCCUGCUCGCCCCAGCUCCAUCGGGCCCAGCCUGCUCCCAGAAGAGCUGCUGCCUCGAGUCCAGUGGAAGAGGCCAACUGACCUUCAGAGAAACCCACACUUGGUGGUGAAUGGAGUUAGCAGAUUUGAUAUCAUGCAAGGAGAAAUAGGUGACUGCUGGAUGCUGGCUGCCCUGGGUUCCCUGACACUGCAAAAGCAAUUUCUGGAAAAUGUUUUACCAAAGGACCAAGGAUUCCAGGACAAUUAUGCUGGGAUUUUUCAUUUCAGGUUCUGGCAGUACGGAGAGUGGGUGGACGUGGUGAUCGACGACCGGCUGCCAUUCCUGAACGGAAGAUACCUGUCUGUGCACCCUCGAACCUCCAAUGAAUUCUGGCCAUCCCUGCUGGAAAAAGCAUAUGCCAAGUUGAGGGGUUCCUACCAGCACUUGCAUGGAGGCUACCUUUCUGAUGCUUUAGUAGACUUCACAGGUGGAGUCCAAGUGCAGUUUUCUUUGAAGGAUCCCCCUCCUGACCUGGAGGAGAUACUGAAAGCAGCUGACAGAUCUCAGUGUCUGAUGGGGUGUAGCACCUCAGGCCAGCUGAAGAGGAACAUAGAGCUGAGAAAUGGGAUUGUGCAGGGUCAUGCCUACACUGUCACAGGAGCUGUGAAGAUACCCUACAAGAAUGGCUGGGAACACAUCAUCAGGAUCUGGAAUCCAUGGGGCCAUGGGGAGUGGAAGGGGCCCUGGAGUGAUAACUCUCCUCAGUGGGACCACGUUGAGCCUCAAUGCAGAGAAGCCCUCCUCAGAAACAAGGAUGAUGGAGAAUUCUGGAUGUCCUGUGAGAACUUCCAGGAGCAGUUUGCCUGGCUGUAUAUCUGUAACAGAACACCAACAUUUUUGGAGUUUGGAGAGCAGCCCUACACAAGGUGGUCUGUGGACAGGCACAUCAAUCUGUGGAACCCAGCCCUUGCCACGGGCAGGAGCAACUCUUCCCCAGGUGAAGUUUCCAGCAACCCUCAGUAUUCUUUCAAAGUGCCAGAUGAUGACCCCAAACCCUAUAAUGUGCUCAUUUCACUCAUGCAAAAACAUGCUGAGGAGGAUGCAAAAACCCUGAAGAUUGGCUUUUUCAUCAUCAAGGAUAACUCUAAAGUUCUGAAACAAAUCUUUUCCCUGACUCGAGAUGUGACCAGCUACUUCACCUUGAGGCCAGGAACCUAUGCUGUCCUUCCUGCUGCCACAGAGGACCAGGAAUUUGAGUUUCUCUUACGAAUCUUCACAAAGAAUCCUGGCAGCAAUGAGAACUCAAACUCACUGCCCAGCCCAGUGGUGCCAAUGGAUGUACCAAGACAGAACGAGGACAGCUCCUAUAAGGCUGUCUUCCAAAGAUAUGCUAAGCAGGGCUCAAGUAUUGAUGCCUUGCAGCUGCAACAACUGCUUAAUGAAGUGAUCCUGCAAGAUGAACUGACCAGCCUGGGAGGAAGAUUCAGCUUCGAUUCCUGCAGAGGCAUUUUAGCUCUGAUGGAUCUCCACUCCAACGGACGCCUGACGCUGCAAGAAUUCAGGAGCCUCUGGCGAAGCCUCACCACGUACAUGGAUAUAUUCAGCAAGGCAGACAAAAAUCAUUCUGGAUUUCUUGAUGUGUCUGAACUGAAGAGUGCGAUCCGGAUGGCAGGCCUGGCCAUUAACGAGCAGCUGCUGGGGCUGCUGGUGCUGCGCUACGGAGACACCGCCGGCAGGGUUGGCUUCUCCGACUUCGUCUGCUGCCUGCUGCGCCUCCACACCAUGACCUGUGCAUUUCAAAACUUAGCAGAGGGUGGAUCACAAGUUUCAAUGACAUCAAUGGAGUGGCUGACUCUUGUCAUGUACACCUAA